AUUAAAAAAAAAACUUAAGUUGAAAAAUCAACACAGACAGUAGAACACCUUUUACAGGUUUUCCUUUUCUUUUCUUGCUAUUUUUAUCAGUUUUAUAAUACACUAAAAAUAAAAUUAUAUAAAGACUUUUACCAUGUCUUCAAUUGAAUUUUUGGAACAAAAUUCAUGUACGUUUUCAGUGCUGGCUUGCAUUUUUCUAACGUUCUCAUAUGUCGCUAGUUUAUACGUUUGGAAAACCAAAUUGAGCAGAGACCAUCCUUCGACGAUAAAACGAAGGUUUUUCAGUGUAUCAUGCAUGAUGCUUCUGGCCCCUUUCUUCACUCAAUAUUUUUUCACUGAAGAUACUACAAGGCUCGGGGACGUAUACGACCACUUAGGGCUUCGUACUUCAGGGCUUUUUAGUGCCUCUAUCUUGCCAUUACUUCUAACGGCUAUUUUAUUUUUGGGACCUCUGACUAUGCAGUUUUUAUCAGGCAUCUGGAAACUAUAUGCAGAGCCUGUGUACUGGGUAUCCAGCUGGCAGGAUUGGGUUUGGGUGAGGAACCACUUCAUGGCACCGCUCAGCGAAGAAUGGGUCUUCCGGGCCUGCAUGAUGCCACUAUUACUACAAUGCUUGGACCCAUUGACAGCAGUUUUCACAGGCCCAUUGCUAUUUGGUGUUGCUCACUUCCACCACAUGUUUGAGCAGCUUAAGGCCGGGUUUGAGUUUAAAACAGCAUUAAUGAUCUCAACUUUCCAGUUCAUGUAUACAAGUUUGUUUGGAGCAUAUUCUGCAUACCUUUUUGUCAGAACUAGACACUUCAUGGCCCCACUAGUCGCACAUAUGUUCUGCAACCACAUGGGGUUCCCCAACUUCGGCGAGAUCGGCCAGUUCCCCCCUCUACAGCGAAUCACGAUCGUCUUCAACUUCCUUUUGGGCUUCGUCUUGUGGUGCUACCUCCUCACGCCUAUGACCAGCCCCGAUAUCUACGAUAAUAGAUUGUACUCUGAAACGUGAAGUUGUAAUUCGUAAGUUUUCAUCGUUCAUUCUCAAUUUCUGUAUUAGUAGGAUAAGUGGACGAGUUUACGGAGAUUGAAUAAUUUUACGGUUUAGACUCACUUGUUUUUAGUCACUCGCGCGACAUGCGAUAUGUUAUGUGUGUGUGUGUGUAUGUUUUGUUGCGCGAGCCGCAGUACGCGAUACACGGCCGUCGUGAACGUUGCUCGCACUGUUAGUGCUUGAGAAAGGAGACCUAGGCUCUCCGAAACAUGUCGCGCGAGUGAUUAAAAACAAGUGAGUCUAAACCGUAAAAUUAUUCAAUGUUAGUAUGUCUCACAACAGCUUAAAUUCGAGUUUACGGAGAGGUGGCCUUCCGGUCGGUAAUUUUCGAAACAAGUGCAAUGAAGUUGAAAUAUAUCAGUGUUACAUAUAGAGCGUUUUUUGAAACAACUAGCCAUAUUGUGCGAGGUGAUUAGGUAGGCCAUACUGAACAACUUUUUCUAUGGGACCAACUCCGAAAUCACAAAAAUAUUUUGGCCGUUUCAUACACUUUGGUCGAGUGGAUGUCGACGCGACGUUUUCUAUGGGAAGGCCAAUUUUUUUUGGGAUUUCGGGGUUGGUCCCAUAGAAAAAGUUGUUCACUAUGACCUACCUAUAUAAUCACCUUGCACUAUAUGGCUAGUUGUCCAAUAAACGCCCUGUAUAUGUGCGCGUGCUUUUGAUAAUAUGACCACAUAUGUGACGUUAUCCAUGAAAAGGGACCUUAUUGUCGAUGGCGCUUACGCCAUUAUUAACGAUGCUCCGAUAUAAAUACAAUGCCGCGCGGCGCUGUGCGGCGUAAGCGCCAUCUACAAUAAGGUCCCUUUUCAUAGAUAGUGCCCCAUAUAAAGAACUUAUAAGGAAAAUGUGACGUCCCACGGGUAAAGGUACCUUAUGGCGGCUGGCGCUUACGCUAUUAUUAACGCCGCUCCCAUAUUAUUGCAGCGCUAUACGAAGUAAGCGCCAGCCGCCAUAAGGUACCUUUUGCCGUGGAACGUCACAAAUAUUUACAAAACAAUUAUAUACCUAAUCAAUAUGAUAUAGGUUUACAAGUGGCUGGGUACUGUAAGUGCUUAUACUUGCUUUUGACUUGACGGUCUCGUUCUACGUAAGUAUUGUUAUUAAUUUUAUAAUUGGGAAAGAAACUUCCCAAAUGUGUUUUCUUUGUCAUAUUUUAUUUUGUAUUGUUUAUUUGUUUUAUUUUUGACAGUAUUUUGUAACACAGUGUCAGUUUGUAUGGUAUUUAGUUAUAGACAAUUAUUACUAUCACAAUGUGACUAACCUAUUGCACUAAAACUAUCUAGAUGUAUAAAUUCACAAUAUUGCUCAUUAGAUGAUUAUAAAGAUUGCUCUAAAUUUCAUGUUAUACUUAGUUUUAAGAUGGUAGUCGCCUCUAAAAUACCUACAAAAGAAGUGCCUACCGCAAUCUUGCUCGUCAUUCAUUGCCAUCACAAACAUUUCCUGGCUUCAAAAACAGUUUUUCUCUACGACACUGAUAAAAAUGAUACAAUGGGAGAUGGGCGACUUAUCACUAUGACUGUUUCUUCAAUAGUACAGUACAAUAGAAUCCGCUUAUAAUGACAUCGAAGGGAAGUGACAAACACGUCAUACUAAGCGGAUGUCAUAUAAAGCAUAGUUGAUUAACUUCUUAUUUUUGCAAUUUUUUCCAAAUUAAUCUCAAAUGGCUUUAUGAGAGAUGAGUUUUAUUAACCUUGUACAAAUUAUUAACUUUCACUGAGAAUCAAAACUAAAACAACUUAUACGCCACGCACGCACCUAACGUCCUCGCAGGGAAAAACGUGGGGACGGCCGCGAAAACCAGCGAAUGUGUCAGUAUAACCGGACAUAAUUUCAUAAAAUUAGGAUUUGUACGUCAUAGUAUAAGCGAAGUCAUCUUAUCCGACUAUGUCACAAAGACUUUUAUAUGAAAACCAAACUUCGCACAGUAAUUGCGUCAUAGUAAGCGGUUGGUCAGUAUAAGCGGAGUCAUAAUAAACGGAUUCCACUGUAUUAUAAAUAUUAGACACAUGAAAUCGCAUCAUUCGGACCAAGCUAAAGAGAAAAUGAACGUAGUGAUGUAUUAGGACCUCAAAACAGUGGCAGAGAGAAGAACGGAAUGGCGGUUAUUCCACAAAAGCCUAUAUAAGAAUUAUGAUGAUGAUAAUGAUGAAAAUAGCAUAUUUGUGAAUCGUACUAAGUUAUUUAGACUUAUAUCAACGAUGUUGCGGGUAUUCAUUUACACAGUAGAGUACGCUAGCACCUCUAACCAGUAUUUUAUCCUCCUCGAUGAUUCAAUGCAAUAGUGACCUACGAUCUAUUGAUCACAGCCAAAGGCUUAUUUAUUUUAGAAGAUGUAUAAAAUCCAAGAAAACCGUGUCACCGUGUUUGACAGCCGAACUAAAUAGCGUUUUACGACCCCAUAUUUUGUUACCGCAUUACACACACAAGACAGGACAGGGUCGAACAGGGGCAUCUACAGUCGCCAUCAGAUAUAUCGGAGCGGCCAAGGUGUUCACAAUAUCUGAACAAAGCACUCUAACGCCUUGACAAUAGAGG